UUGGUGAAUAUUACACGAACUGAAAGAUGAACUCUGCAAGGACGGUGUGACAACAGCUUACAACAGUGCUUCUUAUAAUAAGAUAAUGCGAAAUAUUUUCGAAUCCUGAUAAGAGUUGAAAUAAACCGUUACAUAUGUCCGAAGUUCUGCUUGCAGUAAACAGUCGCAAUUUGGAAAACGUUGAGAAAUGCCGAAUCCACGCAAGUAUACGGUUCUAGGCUGCUUGCUCUUCAUAUUGUUGUCGGCAAUAGUUUGCGGCGAGAAUAACGGAGAAGAGCCAAUAGCAAUUUAUUUAGAUGUUGGAAAUGAAAUUCAACAUGUUAUUAGUUUAGUCAAUAAACACGAAACGAAGUUAAACGAUUUCGAUGAUAAAUUACUAAGAAUUCAAAAUAUGCUGGAAAAUUUCGAAAAAGAAUUUUUGAAGUUGGAGCAAAAUUGUAUGGCUGCGCUGGAAAAAAAAUUACAGGUUUUCAAUACACAAUUAGAACAGAGACUCUCAUCAAUUAACACUAACGUGGCGUCUUCCAUGGGUACACAAGAAAGGUAAGAAUUGUAUUAAUUU